UGUGUGUGCGUUUGCGUGUCAGUGUGUGUGUUUGGUGGGGCGAUCAGUGUUGUCGGGUGUGUGAUUGAGCCCUGGGGCAGUGGGGCAGCUCGAUGUGCUGAAGGACAGGGCCUGGCAGGGGGUGGGGGCUAUAAAAGCACAGAGCGCACGGCUGCACCCCGUUGCAUCCCUCAGAGGGAAUGAGGAGCUGGCUGCGCGGAGGCAGGAAGGCGAGACUGUCCCAUCUCAUCAGAGGCAGCACAGAGUGCACUGUAGCCCCCGUCGCCAUGGAGGACUCCGACCAGGAGCCCGACCUGUCGGACGACCUCGACUCCGGCUCCGACUCCCCCGAGCCCGACCUGCACCCGCAAGGCCGGCAGCUCCCCAGCCAGUCCAAGGAUGACUCGGAGGACUCAGAGCUGGAGCACCUGAUGCGGGACGCCCCCCCCCCGCCGAACCUGGGGCCGGAGCCGGCCGGGGUCCCGCACGGGCGCCCCCCCACCCCGGACACCCUCGCGCUGCUGCGCCCCCCCGGGGAGAGGGGCCUGUCAGAGGGCGUAGGCUUCAGCCUGCCCUCUCCCAUCAGCCCCUCCCGACCCAAGAGCCCCUGGGGCCGAUUUGACCCCUACGACGCCACAGAGGACCAGGAUAAGGAGUACGUGGGCUUUGCCACUCUGCCAAACCAGGUACACCGGAAGUCUGUGAAGAAGGGCUUCGACUUCACACUGAUGGUAGCCGGAGAGUCGGGUCUGGGGAAAUCCACUUUGGUCAACAGUCUGUUUCUCACAGACCUCUAUAUGGACAGGAAGCUACUCAAUGCCGAAGAGAGGAUUACACAGACGGUGGAAAUAACUAAGCACACGGUGGACAUUGAGGAAAAGGGCGUCAAACUGAAGCUAACUAUUGUGGACACGCCUGGCUUUGGAGACGCUGUGAACAACACAGAGUGCUGGAAGUCGGUGGCGGACUACAUAGACCAGCAGUUUGAGCAGUACUUCAGAGACGAGAGCGGCCUGAACCGCAAGAACAUCCAGGACAACCGCGUGCACUGCUGCCUCUACUUCAUCUCGCCGUUUGGGCACGGGCUCCGCCCCCUGGACGUGGAGUUCAUGAAGGCGCUGCACGAGAAGGUGAACAUCGUGCCCGUCCUGGCCAAAGCCGACACCCUCACCCCCUCCGAGGUCAGGAAGAAGAAGCUGAAGAUCCGCGAGGAGAUUGAGCAGUACGGGAUUAAAAUCUACCAGUUCCCGGACUGCGACUCCGACGAGGACGAGGAGUUCAAACAGCAGGACCAGGAGCUGAAAGUGAGUAAGGAAAGCAUCCCAUUCGCCGUGAUCGGCAGCAACACUGUGGUGGAGGCCAAGGGGAAGCGGGUUCGAGGGCGACUGUACCCCUGGGGCAUCGUGGAAGUGGAGAACCCGGCGCACUGUGACUUUGUGAAGCUGCGGAACAUGCUGGUGCGCACGCACAUGCAGGACCUGAAGGACGUCACCCGGGAAACGCACUACGAGAACUACCGCGCGCACUGCAUCCAGAGCAUGACCCGCAUGGUGGUGAAGGAGCGGAACCGCAAUAAGCUGACUCGGGAGAGUGGCACGGACUUCCCCAUCCCAGGGACGCCGGGGGUGGCGGACAGCGAUACGGAGAAGCUGAUCCGAGAGAAAGACGAGGAGGUACGGUCUUCUGAUCCAGAACUGGAGCAAGAACCAGAGCCAGAGCCAGAACCAGAACCAGAACCAGAACCACACUUUAACCCUAGCCCUGACCCAGAGGCCUUAUGAGCCUACAGUCACAGAAGCAGUAUACAGCCGCCAUUACUACCCAGAAACACUACCACAGUCACAAAGCCACACCCACCACUGCAGUCAGAAAUCCACAGGUGCCCAAAAACACACAGCCUUGCCCACCACGGCACUUACACAUUAAAUGGUCAAAAUUCCAUUUUUUUUGCACCAGUGUCAAUACCUAUAUGCUUUCAAUGGUCUUUCCACUGCUGUUUCUCUGUGAGAGCUCUGCGCUCUAUAGAGGUAGUGCUUUGUGCUGUCUACAGAGGACUGUGUACUUACUGUUAGAGCUCUGUGCUGUAUAUAGGUAGAGCUCUGUGUUGUCUUCAGAGGACUAUGUGCUCACUGUGAGCUCUGUGCUCUAUAGAGGUAGUGCUUUGUGCUCUCUACAGAGGACUAUGUGCUUACUGUGAGAGCUCUGUGCUGUAUAGAGGUAGAGCUCUGUGUAGUUUAAGGACUAUGUGCUCACUGAGAGCUCUGUGCUGUAUAGAGGUUGAGCUCUGUGCUCUCUACAGAGGACUAUGUGCUCACUGAGAGCUCUGUGCUCUAUAGAGGUAGAGCUCUGUGCUCUCUAUAGAGGACUAUGUGCUCACUGUGAGAGCUCUGUGCUCUAUAGAGGUAGAGCUCUGUGCUCUCUACAGAGGACUAUGUGCUCACUGUGAGAGCUCUGUGCUCUAUAGAGGUAGAGCUCUGUGCUCUCUACAGAGGACCAUGUGCUCACUGUGAGAGCUCUGUGCUCUAUAGAGGUAGAGCUCGGUGCUCUCUAUAGGGGACUAUAUGCUCACUGAGAGAGCUCUGUGCUCUAUAGAGGUAGAGCUCUGUGCUCUCUAUAGGGGGCUAUGUGCUCACUGUGAGAGCUCUGUGCUCUAUAGAGGUAGAGCUCUGUGCUCUCUACAGAGGACUAUGUGCUCACUGAGAGCUCUGUGCUCUAUAGAGGUAGAGCUCGGUGCUCUCUAUAGGGGACUAUAUGCUCACUGAGAGAGCUCUGUGCUCUAUAGAGGUAGAGCUCUGUGCUCUCUAUAGGGGGCUAUGUGCUCACUGUGAGAGCUCUGUGCUCUAUAGAGGUAGAGCUCUGUGCUCUCUACAGAGGACUAUGUGCUCACUGUGAGAGCUCUGUGCUCUAUAGAGGUAGUGCUCUAGGAAUUCUGUGUCUACUGUGAGGACUCUGCUCACAGUGGGAGCUGUGUGCUCACUGAAGGAGCUGUGCUUGCCAUGGGAGCUUUGCUCCCUGUGGGGUUUCUGUGUUCUUUCAGGGGGCACAGUGUUUCUCUGUGCACAGUGUGGAAGCUCUGUGCUGUCAGUAGUUGAGCACACUGAUGGAGGCAGCUUAUGACUUAUGCUGAAUUUUUUUAGGAACACAAAAUACUUUAAAAAAAACUUGUUUAUUAUUUUAUUUUGUAGUAGUUAUGCUGUAUAUUUCCUGUUAUUAUAUUGCUUGUAAUUUUUCAUUAAAAUUAUUUAAACACAAA